AUGUUGAAUGAUGUAACCAAUCUCACGAACAAAGGGACCAAUAAGGUAAGUAGUCGUAAUGCAGCGAGUGUAGAAUUGUUAGCUGAUAUAUUUAAAGAGCAUGAUAUAGAAAACAUCGACGCUCUGGUGGAUAGGAGAUACAACAUCAGCUUCAAGUAUACCUCUACUCCUAUGGGUACAAUAGUAGAGGAGGAAAGCGAAGGGGAUGGCAGUGAAAAUGUAGACGUAGACAGGUCAAAUAUUUUGACUAGAGUAGACACUUUAGAUUCCAUUGAAAGGCUGGAGCUUGUAAGGUUGGUAAAAUCGUUCGAAGGUGAGCAACAAGAGGUGACACAUGUAGGGGCUAGAGGAAGGAAGUCGAUUGGAGUUAAGAAAACUGAUAACAGUAAAGUAAUUGGGCAAAUAAGCGUAUCCAAGCAACAAAGAGCGCCCAAAGCACGGAAUAUUUCAAAGCCAUCGGGGUCAGCUGGAGAGAGAACAACGGGAAGAACUAGGAAGAGGUAUGCGCUUGAGAAGAUAGAUAUAUCUAACGGAUCAGAGGGCUCAGGUAUCAAAGAGGGUGGUUUAUCGAAAAAUGCGAACGAUUCCAAGCAGACUAAUUUGUCAGAGAAGGUGAAGAAAUCCAGCCAGUCUAAUUUACCUAAAAACGUGAAUAAAUUGAAAGACAUUACGGCAAGCGUAUCCAAGCAGAGAAAGCCAAACUUGCUGAAGCACAGAAAUGCAAUAAGUUCCAAACAGAGAGAGGCUAGCGGAUCUAAACAGCCUGAUCUACCUAAAACCACGAACCUGUCUAAAGAAUUGGAGCAAGAAAAAAUACCCAACGAGCUACAGCAAACUGCUAGACUACACAACACCAAACCUACCGAGCAACGAAAUCAAAGAAUAUCAAAAGUACCAGUUCUGAGCGAAGCAAAAGUCAACGGUACUUUCAAAAACAAAACCCGACUUAAAGCUGACCCCAGUGAUAAGCACAUAGAUGGAAAGCAACCACCACCUAAAAAUAAAACGCUGAGAAAAAACCAGGCUGCAGCGAAGACCAACAAACGAUCUGCUAUGAGAACGAAAUUUGGCUCUAUAAAAAGUCCUCUACAAAUACUUGAUUACUUGAAAGUAUCGACCCAUCAAUUCACCAAGGCUGAGAUACUAGCACUAUGCUCCCAGGGAAGGGACCCCAUCGACCUAAUGCAAUGA